CAUUCGUACGAGCGCCACGAACGCGUACGCUAAAAGAUCCUGUGCUCUCUGUUGUUAUUUUGAAUUAGUUGUUUGACAGCAUCCGUGUGUGCAGGUCUCGCGAUAUUUUUUAUUAAAUUUUUGCACGUCGCUAAAUAUUUUUGCGUUGUUGCCUCGUACAAUAUGACUGCGACCGGUGUAGAAAGUGUGGACAAGGGAGAUGUUUAUAAGCAAUUAGACCAAUUUGGCAAGUUUCAAGUGUUUCAAUAUAUUUUAAUAUGUUUACCAUUAAUGAUGGUAUCCAUGAUCCACGUGAAUUAUAUUUUCGUGGCUGAAGAUGUUGAACACAGGUGUCGAGUUCCAGAAUGUGAAGAUGCUAAUCCGUCAGUGGAAAUACCAAAAUGGUGGCCCCAAAAUGUCGACGCCAAAUGUUAUCGACCAGUUCUGGACAUGCAACGAUACAGCAGAUCCAAUCAAACGUGUUCAAAUAACACGUUCCUUGAAGUUUUGGAAGAAUGCCAUGAUUGGGUUUUUGAAAAUAAUAAUUCGAUUGUCGCUGCGUUGAACAUCGGCUGUGAAUCGUGGAAAUCGACUCUAGUAGGCUGCAUCCACAACGCUGGAAUGAUUGUUUCUAUGUUGAUAACUGGAUUGAUAGCUGACAAGGUUGGAAGGAAACCGACUAUAAUCUUUUGCUCAAUUGGUGGAAUCGUUGGACUAUUUAAGAUAUUUAUUACCAACUAUUACGCAUAUAUAACAGUUGAAUUUUUGGAAUCAAUUCUCGCUUCUGGGUUAUAUACAGUUGCUGUUGUUCUAUUAAUAGAAGUCGGCGGAGAAAGUAAAAGAGUGUCAGCCGGUGUCAUUUUCUCAUACGCAGUUUACGUAGGAGAAGUUUGCUUUGCAUUUAUCGCAAUGGGUCUAAAAUACUGGAAACUGCUCAUUAUAGUCGUCUACUCUCCAUUAAUCCUCUUCAUCCUCUACGCAUUUACACUAAGAGAGAGUACGAGAUGGCAGAUGUUAAGAGGAAAAAUGGACGAAGCGAAAGAAACAUUAAUAAUGAUAACAAAGCUAAACAAACUAGAAGUAACAGAGCAUGAAAUUAAUGAAACAAGCAAUGAAGACUUGCGGUUCCAAUUCAACGUCGUGGUACAAAAGGAGAAAGAAAGAAUGAGAGACAUAUUAGCGUCCAGGGAAAUAAUGACACGUUUAUUAGUGACGUCAUUCUGUUUCUUCGCUUCUAGUUUUAUUUACUAUGGAAUGGCUGUCCACGCGGUUCUGUUACCAGGAAAUAAAUACACAAACUUUGUUCUUUCCUCGCUCUCAUCUUUCCCUGGUGAUUUAAUAGCACUGUAUACAUUUAAAAGAUUUGGAAGGAAGGUAUCUUUACAAUGUGGAUAUAUAGCAUCGGCGUUUUUCCUUUUAGCACAAACCUUUUCACCUGAUUCGAUUAUGUGGCUCAAGGUAGCGCUUUUCUUGUGUGGAAAAAUGGGCGUAGUUAUUUGUUUCACCGGCAUCUAUACAUAUACUUUGGAAUUAUUCCCUACAAGUGUGAGAGGGACUCUAAUGGGCUGUGGAAACACUGCUGCCAGAUUUGGAAGUAUGCUGGCUCCUUUAACUCCACUUCUGUCGUCACAAUUUGCGGCGCUACCAUCAAUUCUCUUUGCUUCGGUGUCUGUAGUUGCCGCAUGUACGCUAACGUUCACACCUGAGACCAAAACGUUACCCAUGUUCGACACAAUAGCCCAGAUUGAAACUCAAAAAGCGAAGAUUAUGACUCAUUUAUAAACAGUUUAAAUUAUAAACUGUUCAAUAAUUAUAAAUGUAAUUACUUAAAAUGUUAACAGUGAAAUUAACUAUAAAUACUUAUUUUCUCAACUUUAUAAACUAUAGUCAGAAUAGAUAUCGUGUUAUUCAGAAACGAGAUAUAAUACUGAGUGUGAUUACCGUAUGUCAAAAACUUAUUGGACUUCAACGUAGCCCGAGUUAUAAGACGUGCUUAUAUCUUGUUUCUGAAUCUUACCCCUAGUGCCUUAACCUUCUUUGUGCCUAUAUAAUAAAUAUUAAAAAUCUACUUAAGUAUACUUGUAUAAGACUAGGAAUUUUGUUGGGCAAAUGUAUUUAAAAUGGUCACAUAUAUUGAAUAAGGUAAAAUUAAAUUAGUGAAUAAGUAGUUUAAGAAGUAUUUUAAGAAUACAACAAUUCUUAUUGUUAUUAUAUACAUAAAAACAUUUGAUUAUAUUAUGUAUCUAUGCAGUGUAGAUGCGACAGAUUCGCAAAAAAGUACAUCGUAUAGACUAUAAUCGAUUCAUUUACUUAUUUAAAGUGUCUUGUAGAGUGUUUCUUGGCUUUGUAUUGUAU